AUGGAGCGGCGGAAGAUGCUCGCGGACCUCCUCCGGGCGAGCGCGAGGAGCGCGGCCAUCCGCGGCGGCGUGCAGCUCCACGGAGCGCUGCUCAAGCUCGGCUUCGGCUCGGACACCAUGCUGAGCAACAACCUGGUCGACAUGUACGCCAAGUGCGGUAAGCUCGACAUGGCCCGCGAGGUGUUCGACCGCAUGCCCGACAGGAACGUGGUGUCGUGGACGGCCCUCAUGGUGGGCUUCCUGCAGCAGGGGGACGCCAGGGAGUGCCUCAGGCUGUUCGGGGCGAUGCGGCGCCUCUCGGAGGCCGCGCCAAACGAGUUCACGCUCUCGGCGACCUUGAAGGCGUGCGGCGUGGUCGGUGACACCGGCGCCGGCGUUUGCGUGCACGGAGGAUGCGUCAGGAUGGGGUUCGAGGGGCACGGCGUCAUCGCCAACUCGCUGGUGCUUCUGUACUCCAAGGGCGGAAGGGUCGGUGACGCGCGGCGCGUGUUUGAUGGUGUGGCGUCCAGGAACCUCGUGGCCUGGAACGCCAUGAUCUCCGGCUACGCGCACGCCGGGCAUGGCAGGGACGCGCUGCUCGUCUUCCGGGAGAUGCAGCGGCGGCAAGACGAGGAGGAUGGUCAGCCUGAUGAGUUCACCUUUGCCAGCUUGCUGAAAGCCUGCAGCAACCUUGGUGCGGCUCGCGAGGGCGCGCAGGUUCAUGCGGCGAUGGCGGUCCGAGGGGUCUCCACAGCAUCCAACGCCAUCCUCGCCGGCGCGCUCCUGGAUGUGUACGUCAAAUGCCGGUGGCUGCCUGCGGCGAUGCAGAUGUUUGAUCGACUGGGAAAGAAGAAUGCCAUCCAGUGGACGACGGUGAUCAUUGGGCAUGCGCAGGAGGGGCAGGUGAAGGAAGCGUUGGAGCUGUUUGGGAGGUUCUGGAGCUCCGGCGUCCGAGCCGAUGGGCAUAUCAUGUCCAGUGUCGUUGGCGUAUUUGCGGAUUUUGCUCUCGUGGAGCAAGGGAGGCAAGUGCACUGCUACACGGUCAAGGACCCGACCGGGCAGGAUGUGUCGGUGGCUAACUCCCUGGUCGAUAUGUACCUCAAGUGCGGGCUGAGCGACGAGGCAGAGCGGCGGUUCAGGGAGACGGUAGCAAGGAAUGUUGUCUCAUGGACCACAAUGAUCAAUGGCCUCGGGAAGCAUGGCCAUGGCCGUGAAGCCAUCGACAUGUUUGAGGAAAUGAGAGCUGAAGGGGUCGAUCCCGACGAGGUGGCCUACCUCGCCCUCCUGUCCGCGUGCAGCCACUCUGGCCUUGUUGAAGAAUGCCGCCGGUACUUCUCGAUAAUCCGUCAAGACCGGCGGCUGAGACUGAGAGCAGAACACUACGCAUGCAUGGUCGAUCUGCUUGGCCGUGCUGGAGAGCUUGGCGAGGCCAAGGACCUCAUCGCGACAAUGCCGAUGUCGCCAACCGUUGGUGUGUGGCAAACGCUUCUCGGGGCCUGUAGGGUGCACAAGAACGUCGCCAUAGGCAGGGAGGUGGGCGACACCCUCCUGGCCAUGGACGGCGACAACCCGGCGAACUAUGUGAUGCUGUCAAACAUAUUCGCAGAGGCCAGGGAGUGGCGCGAGUGCCAGCGGGUGCGCGACACCAUGCGGCACCGGGGCCUCAGGAAGCAGGGAGGGUGCAGCUGGGUGGAGGUCGGCAAAGAGGCGCACUUCUUCUAUGGUGGCGGCGAUGACAUGCACCCACGCAUCGCAGACCUCCGCCUCAUGCUUUGCGACGUGGAGAGGAAGAUGAUGGAACAGCUCGGGUACAUCCCCGGUGCCGUCACCGGCGACGGCACACAGCUGCAUGACGUUGACGAGGAGUCUCGUGCCGAGAGCCUGAGGGCGCACAGUGAGAGGCUGGCCGUGGGGCUGUGGCUGCUGCACCACCAUGAGCAUGAUCAUGGUGAGGUGGAGGGCAAGGAGGAGGUGAUCAGGGUGUACAAGAACCUGCGGGUCUGCAGCGACUGCCACGAGUUCUUCAAGGGGCUGUCGAGCGUGGUGGGGAGGACGCUGGUAGUCAGAGACGCUAACAGGUUCCACAGGUUCCAGGAUGGUGCCUGCUCUUGUAAAGACUACUGGUGACUUGGCUAACUGAACUUGCUAUGUUGGGAUCAAAUCGCCUCCAGUUACUGUCUUAAUCCUCGUACCCGCAGUACAAUUCUCAGAGGCACAAAGAAAUUCUU